CAUGGCCAUAGAGCUCACGGGGGACGAGAUGCACCACCUCUCCCAAGAACUCGAUCCCGCCCCCGCGCGCUGUUGCGUGCGCAGAAGUACCGGACCCCCUAGUGUGUCGUCACAUGUCAUCUUCGAGUACCUCAACAAAGGCGCCGCCAACAUCGUCUUCCAAAUCCACUCCUGGACGCAUAAUGGCCCGGCGACCAAAUUCUUCUUUUUCGACGUCUCGCGCGAAGGCCGGCUGUCCUUCAAAGCCACGCCGACGGACCACGACUAUCUCAUGCGCCACGUCCUUCGAGUCCCCCGAGGUGAAUGCUAUCCGUCCGCUCUUUCUGCCCGGCACAUACAAGACACUUGGUAGAGCAAAAGCAUCACAAAACGGCUCCGACGCCCCGCUCACGGUGCACCUCAAGAAAGAUCUCACCAAGCAUCUCAUGGAUCACGAAGGCGUCCUCCUACUACCAGAAGUAAUGAGCCACCUCUACACAAGAGUCGAGAAAGGCACAUUCACCAACACUGCAUCACGAGUUUGCUGGGGCAUCCUGCUCCCCAACAUGUCGCCUACGCCUGGACAGUCAAUAACAUUCGAGAUCAAGCCCAAGUGGCUUGCGCAAUCGCCAAAUGCGCCUCCCGGAGCUAUGCGUUGUCGGAACUGUGCAAUGCAGGUUUCGGUACCAAAGAAAAGAGACACCUACAUAUGCCCGCUCCAGGUACUCCACGGCAAUUCGGAAGCCCUGCGUCCGUGGGUACAUACAACCGUCAUGCGCCAGUUUGGCCGCGAUUUGCCGUCUCAGGCUGUAGUUUCGACCAUGGUCGAGGGCAUUCUAAACUACCUUACGGUUGGAGACGGCGUCGAGCUACUGCGACAUCUUCUCCAACUACAGAGUACACUCGACCCACGGGGGGUCCUCUGUCGACCGCAUCACGGAUCCGACUUGUUCGACUACAACCUUCGACUGGCCAUGACACUAAGAGACUGUUCGCUCUUCAUCAAAAUCUCGUACAACACCCGAGGCAUGACGGGAAUCGAGUCGAAACUCGGUGAUCUCGACUUCAAGUCUGCCGAAAAGAUUGUUGAUUGGACGGACAAGGAGCGACAGCUUUUGAGAGACGAUGCUUAUCUUGCACCAAACGGCCCGCCAUGUUGGAUUCAAAACGUAAAGUGAGCUUUCAGUCUCCUGGACUGGCCUGUGAGACAAUCAAGGCUACGAGUCACCAAAGCCACUUGAAUGACUGGGAAACGACACACCAUGAACCUGGUUCCAGCACAAUGUGUUAUCCGUCAAAACAUCGUCUACCACAAAUUUACACGCUGCAACUCGCACCAUCAUACCGACGAUGCCACCUGAUGACAAUCAUCCUGCUAUUCAGUCUGCAAAACCAAGCAGCACAUACAUACCAGUGAGAAGGAGAUGGAUCUACCCAACAACAAAGCACCUGACAACUAAGAC